ACACUUCAAAAGUAUCUCACCCCUCUUCCACGUUCUUUGUUCGACUUGCCAUUUCUCCACCGACAAUCCUACCACUGUAUGGGACUCUCGCAUCGCGAUCAUGCAGCACAGCAAAGGACCCGAUUCUCCGGAGAUGGGGAGGACGGUCUCGCGCUCGCGCAGCACUAGCAUUUCCAGUGACUCCCAAAUUCCCCGAGCCCAUCUGCUCGCCCCGACGGAAGUUACACCAGCACCCACUUUCAUUGCCUCUUCCGCCGCAGCCCAAAUCAUCACCACGGAUCAAGAGUUUAACGCUGCCGACUUUGUCGCCGAUGAGGAUGGACCGGGCUCUAAUGCAAGUGCACUCGUGACUCGCGAGGCUUUGGCGACCCUCAAUCGAUUCCUCGACUAUCUUCUAUUCAAUAUCCUUGCUACGGCGAAAUCGACGCAAUUGGCCUGCAUUCGACCAGCGGUGGUGGAGGUUCUGAAGCCCCGUCUUGCCAAGGAAGUCGUUGAGGCAGCGGAUGACGAGUUGAGUGAAUUUAUGGGUGGCCCCGAAGACGAGCAGAUUGAGUUCCGCGGCGGCCAGACUCCUGGGGGUGAUUUUGACCUGAUUCAUUCCUGGAAACUGACUCGCCUGCGAUGCAUGGUCUACACACGGCUAGGCGAUAUGGAAGAAGACGAGGAGGAAGAACAUAUCGCAAGGGAAAGCUUAGCCGACGAAGACGGCGUUCCGCGGAGGCUGGCUAGUCAUGUGGGAAAUAUCACCCCCGCCGCAGCGAUCUUUUUGACUUCGAUCAUCGAGCAUUUGGGCGAACAAGCCUUGAUCAUCGCGGGUGAAAUAGCUCGGUCACGAUUGUCAACCAAACUCGAGCAGGAUUCGGAUGAAUCUACGGAGGCUGGUGUCAAUCGGGCAAGUAUGGAUCGGCUGGUUGUGGAGGAUCACGACAUGGAGAAAUUAGCAUUGAACCCGACCUUGGGUCGACUCUGGCGAACAUGGCGCAAACGCGUGCGCGGCUCCAACCCGUCGCGGGCAGUCUCAAGAGAAUCCAUGCGCCGCCGCCAUAGCGUCUUCACUACCACGGGCAGCAGGAAAAGCAACGUAUUUACCGCAGAUGACUUUUCCGUGCGUUCGGCAACCUCACCUCUGCCCCAAACACCAAAGGAUAUCGACCCAACAUUAAUCCCAUUGCCGCUUAACGACCAUGAUGUUCAGGAAAUCGAGGUCCCCGGAUAUCUGCCGGAGCUUGAGACUGGUGAGAUCCAGACCAUGCAGGCGGUAGUAGCUCACAAAGUUCGGCCCCACAGCCUUAUGGUGCUCACAUUACCUUCUCCGAGGUUGCCAUCGUCGAGUGUCAAUUCUCCCCUCACUCCUAAGUUACAGACCGUAAAAAUCACCCGUCAUGCUCGAUCAAGAUCAUUGCCUAAUGCGGGUUCUGAGGAAGAAACUCCCGAACCUGAGCAGUACCCAGAGCGACCGUCCCCGACUGCGUCCGAGGAGCGGCGGCGCUUGGAGACAAUGUACGAACAUGACGAGGAUGAUGAACGGGAUGGCAAUCAGGGAGAAAAGGCAGAGAAGAUACAAUUCGCGAAUCAAAUGAAUCAGGAGGCAGAAGCAAUGCAGGAGGCGACCACCACUGCUGUUGCUCACGAGGUAGCCACCCCGGUGUCUCCAACGUCCCCAAUCGAGACAGAACUUCUCGAGGGUCAAGGGGUGCGUCCUAGACCUAGAUUGGCUUCUGCACAGCGACCACGACCAAGAACGAUGCGAGAACCAUCGAUUCACGAAGAGGGGUCACCUCCUGUCACUCCUGUUGUGGAUGAACAAGCUGGGUCGACGGUUAGCGAGGACGCACCGCAGACGCAAGGGGCUGACUCCGCCUCGGUAGCGCCCGCCGUCGAUCUCGACGAGUUAUCAUGCGGGGAAUCUGUCGCCCCUCCUACCACUCGAUCUUCAACCGAUGACGGCAAUUCGUACAGGGCAUCCAGGCCCAUCUCAACGUCUGGGGAGAGUACCUUAUCUGACGUCUCGCGGAAAUUGCCCAGAUCUAGUCCUCUUUCAAACGGGGCUCACCACCGCUACGGGCGUUCCAGCCCUGGUAUCUCAUCUGUCAAAUCCGGCAUCGAACGUGCAGCGGUCCAAAGAUUAUCUGGGCGGCCAUCCACUUCGGUGGCGUCCUCGAGUUAUUCCAAACCACGCCGCUCGGACAGUUUUGGCAGCAGCCGUGAGAGGCGUCCUGUGACGUCCGGCUCAUCCGCUUCUAGCAAGCUGAAAGGCCUGAUUGUCCGCACCGGCGAUUCCAACUCCUUGCGCCUGCGCAACUCGUCUGAGAUAAGCAGAGUUUCAACCCGGGAGUCGGCUUUCGACGACACCACCGGCUUGGAUGAUUUGAUCCGUAGCGAAGAAACUCUACAUUUCACACUCACACCCAGAAACAUGCGAGAAAUGGAGUUGCCCGAUUCUCCCCGAUGGCGAGCCCAGCAGACCAUCCCGUCUGACUCUGAAACUGGGCGACCAAGGACCUCUCACGCUUCCUCUAAGAGUAUCAUGGAACUUGCCCCCAUGUCAAAGUGCAAAUCAUCAGAGCAACCAAAAUACACCCCGAUUGUGGUGCCUGAUGUUCUCCCACCGCAACCUCCCAUGGACCAAACUGUUGCAUCUCCAACUUCGAUCAUCUCAUCUGAAUCCGGCACCCCUACAAUCGCUGUUUUUGACAAAAGUGGCCCUGUCAAGCCAUCAAGUGUGCGUCGCGUUUCCGAUGCCACGGAUGUCUCACGAAAGUUCAAUAGACCCGGUAGUGCUUCAACCCGUACUAGCGGUUCACGUUUGCAAGCACGCCCUGCCGUGGCCUCCCAAGGGGACCAAACAUCUGACUUGAUUGAUUUUAUCCGUGAGGGACCGCCUACUGCAGGAGCUCACCGGAUUUCGCGUGCAGUGGCACCGUUCCGUGAUACUAUGGACUCGGACGAGCUGCAAGCUCUCGAAUCAGGACGUCCUAGUAUGCAAGGGUCACUGAAUGCGAACACUUUGACGUCUGUCGGCUCACGCACCGGCCUUCUGGAGACCGGAAACCGGGCAAGCACUCCGACCACAUAUAGCAAGGAGAUUUCCGAGGAUACUCGGCCCAAACGGAAACAGCGCCGGGUCCGAGACCCUUAUGCAAUUGACUCAGAUGAUGACGACCUUGACGAGCUUCUUGAAGCUCCGAAACCGAAGCGCGAGGAGGAAAGUCUGAUAGAUUUUCUGCGAAAUGUGCCGCCCCCUGCAGCUGCGAGUCCCCUGCAACCCCUGGCUACGAAUAUGGGUGCUCGGCGGGGCUCGUCCGCAGGCUUCGCCGGUGCUUCAUCUGUGAAGACCUUGCUAUCUCGGAACCAAGCUACCGAGAAAAACGUUCUGUCCAAACCGUCCAGAGGUGAUCUCCGCCAAGCGUCCGACAGUACUAUGACCGGGGCAAACAACAACUAUACCACCAGAACCAUGAGUAGUGGCUACGGUUUGCCAUCUGUCUCUCAAAGGCAGACUGAAACUAGUGCACUGGCCGACUUUCUCAGGAAUACCGGUCCUCCUGAACCUCCAGUGGUCAGGCCCACGCAAACCCCUCCUCCAACCAAGUCGAAGGAAUCGGGCUUCUCGCGCCUCUUCACACGUCGAAAGAAGAUCGAAGUUUAACCCCUCCCACUGUGACUUUUAGCUUUCCUUAAGAACAGCUGUUGUCUUCUGCAUGAUUGUUAUUUGUGCGGGCUCGAACACGACAUGCUAUUACUGGCAAA